UGUGACUUUGACUGUGUGCAGGAGGAUGUAAGACUAGAUGACUUGGAAAAUGCGGGGGGGGAGGAAGGUCAAGAGAGCAUUGAGAUCCCUUCCAUUACUCCAUACCUGAUCAAAUAUGAGCAAGCUCACGUACUGGGCACCCACACACUCCAGACUAUAAUUUGUGUCUCUGUGAUGGUGAAGCUGAACAAGGAGACAGACAUUGCCAUGAACACCAGAACCAAAAGAUUCCCCAUUUGUCAAUCUCUGCCAGACGGGGGUGAACUGAGCAUCAUCACCAACUGA